CGGACGGAGGCGGCGGCGAAGGGAGGAGCGGAAGGGCCGCUACCUGCUCCGAGGAGUUUAGAAUCAGCAGAACAGCGAUAGGGAGAUUGCAAAUGCAUCUUUGGGAAGUCCUGAAGCAUCGUUUAUUUACAAUAUGUACGAAGAGUAUGCCAGGAUAUGACAUUUGAUGGGUGUGCAUGAGGACUUAUUUUUUAAUUUGUUGCGCUGUAUGUGAUGAAAAGGACCCAGCUACAAAGCUGGAAAUCAUUCAGAGGUUGGAGGAGAGACUCUCUGGCACUGGAAUCGCCCAACGUGAGAUCUUCCUCUCUGCUUUGUGUUGUGGCAUCAUUGUGAGAGGCCCAAGGUUGGCGUGGUUUAUGCCUCCUCCUUCGCACCCCGAAGGCAGCACGAUGGCCUCAGAGGCAUCUUGGGGCGGAAUGGAAAGAGCUGCUGGGCAGCUACCUCAGGCCCUCUUGACCUUUGAGGAGGUGGCUGUGUUUUUUACGGAGGAGGAGUGGGCCCUCCUGAAUCCCAGCCAAAGAGCUCUGCAUAGGGAUGUCAUGGUGGAGAAUUAUGAGAUGGUGGCCUCUCUAGAAUCAGACCUCCGUUCCUGCUGGGGAGAAUAUCCAUUUAUCCAGGAUCCCAAAAAAGGAGAGACAUCAACAGAUUAUGGGCAGAACAACUGGAAUUAUACAGAGCUCUCUGAGGUGCCGUUGGGAAGAGUGAAGAGUGAAUCACAGAAAGAGAUGUUUGUAGAUCUUGGAGAACUCAAAAAGGAUGAAGGAAACCUGUUGGAGAACCAAGAAAAGAAAUGCUCUACUUCUCUGGGCGUUGAUGCCCAUGAACCCCCGAUCUCACGGGAGGGUCACAAAGAAAACAGCAGGAAAUUAUGUCCACUACGUAGAGAGAUAUUUCAAUAUGAAUCACAAUUAAAUAUACAUUACAAGAUCCACACAGGGCUGAAAACAUUUAAACCAAUAGAGUAUGAAAAAUCUGUGCCCAGUAGCUUACCAAAAUAUCAAAAUACCUGCACAGGAGACAAAGCAUUUAAAUGCAUGGAGUGUGGAAAGAGCUUCAGUCAGAGAGGUAACCUUAUUCGUCAUCAGAUGACACAUUCAGGAGAGAAACCAUUUGAAUGCAGAGAGUGUGGGAAGAGCUUCAGUCAGAGCAGUCACCUUACUGCACAUCACAGAACACACACCGGGGAGAAGCCGUUUAAAUGCAUGGAGUGCGGGAAGAGCUUCCGACUGAGCAGUCUCCUGACUUUACACCACAGAACGCACACAGGGGAGAAACCAUUUAAAUGCACGGAGUGCGGGAAGAGCUUUGCUGUGAGGUCGUGCCUCACGUUACACGAAAGAGCCCACACAGGGCUGAAAUCAUUUAAAUGCAUGGAGUGUGGAAAGAGCUUCAGUCAGAGCAGUAACCUUAUUCGUCAUCAGAUAACACAUUCCGGAGAGAAACCGUUCAACUGUGUGGUGUGUGGAAAGAAAUUCAGUCAGAGCAGUCACCUUACUGCGCAUCACAGAACCCACACAGGGGAGAAACCUUUUCAGUGUGUAGUGUGUGGAAAGAAUUUCCGUUGGAGCAGUCUCCUGACUUUACACCAGAGAGCUCACACAGGGGAGAAACCAUUCAAAUGUACCGAGUGUGGAAAGCGCUUCACUGUGAGAUCUUGCCUCACUUUACAUGAAAGGACCCACACAGGGCAGAAAUCAUUUAAAUGUGGGGAGUGUGGAAAGAGCUUCAGUCAGAGCGGUCACCUUAUUCGGCAUCAGAUAACACAUUCCAGAGAGAAACCAUUUAAAUGUAUGGAGUGCGGCAAUACCUUUACUCGGCAUUCUCAACUUAUUCGUCAUCAAAGAACACACACAGGAGAGAAACCAUUUCAGUGUGUGGAGUGUGGAAAGAGUUUCUGUUUCAGCAGUCACCUUACUCAACAUCUGAGAACCCACUCAGGGGAGAAACCAUUCCAAUGUGCAGAGUGUGGAAAGAGCUUCAGUUUCAGCAGUCACCUUACUCGACACCAUCGAACCCACACCGGGGAGAAGCCAUUUCAAUGCCUGGAGUGUGGAAAGAGCUUCAGUGAGAGCAUUAACCUUACUGUACAUCUGAGAACCCACACAGGGGAGAAACCGCUGAAAUGCACGGAGUGUGGAAAGAGUUUUAGCCACAGCAAUAGCCUUGCCACACAUAAAAGAAUCCACACCGGCGAGAAGCCAUUUCGAUGCACGGAGUGUGGAAAGAACUUUAGCCACCUUGCUGGCCUUCAUGCACAUAAGAUAACACACACCGGGGAGAAACCAUUUCAGUGCAUGGAGUGUGGAAAGAGGUUCAGCUCCAGCAGCCACCUUACUCGACAUCUUCGAACGCACUCGGGGGAGAAACCGUUUCCCUGCACGGAGUGUGGAAAGAGCUUCAGUCAGAGCAGCCAGCUUAGUACACAUCAAAGAACCCACACAGGAGAGAAACCCUUUAAAUGCACGGAGUGUGGAAGUCGCUUCAGUGCAAAGAGUAUCCUUACUAAGCACCAGAGAAGCCACACAGGCGAGAAACCUUUCAAAUGCAUGGAGUGUGGAAAGAAUUUCAGCCGGAGCAGCAACCUUACUAGACAUUAUAGGACACACACCAGAGUGAUGGCAGGGAGGCAUUUAAAAUAGCUUCAGCUGAUAUAUCAAGGGAUAUAUGCCACUGGGGGGUAGUUGUUUAACACUUCUGGGUUAUGGGAAAGUUUUGCCAGACAUCUACAGUGCAUCACUCCCCUCCUCCAGCCUCUCCUGCGGUGAUGGAAGACUUGCAAGUACGUGGAGGGUGAUCAUACGUGUAGUGGCUGACACACGUGAUACAAACGUACCAACAGCUCCAGCAUGUGAAUGGAAUGCUUAACGCGGAGACAAUAAGCGCCGCUCAGCCAUCUUAACAUCAUGACUAAGGACGCUGGAGAUGAUCAUUUUUAAAGGACUAUUCCUCAUGAUUUCAUUUGAUCUAUCACAUUGCUUAGGCGAAGGCAAGCAUGAGGAGUGUGUGGCUCACCAGAUAGUACCAGAUGACUAACCAUUGGCCAUAAGGACUGAGGCUGUUGGGAAUCUUGACAUUCGGAAAGCCACAGGUUUCCUGCCCAUGACUUAAUAGAUCCUUGAAAGUGGAUGCAUAGAGUUAGGAGCUGUGGGCUAAUUUGGUGCCCGGCAGCAGAGUUUGGGCUAAAGACUGGGCAAGACCACCUGCGCUGUGAUGAAGGGAUGGUGAGGGGUAAGGGGAACUGGCAGCCAUCAGUGAUGAGCUUCAUCUCCUUCAUUCUCAACUACUUUGGCAGUUGGGGCAACUGGACAGCUCAGUCAGUAGAGCAUGAGACUCUUGAUCUCAGGGUCAUGGGUUCGAGCCCCACAUUGGGAAAAAGAUUCCUGCAUUGCAGGGGGUUGGACUGGAUGACCCUUGUGGCCCCUUCCAACUCUAUGAUUCUAUGAUUCCUUCUUAGCACCCCAUCAUUAUGGUAGCCACUGGCAUCCUGUGGCACAAAGCAAGACACUGUUAAGAAAGGGAGGACGAAGGUGUCAGUAUAUUGUAUGGGAAAAGUAUGAGAUUUUGAAGACAGCAAAAAAGCCCCUUUUUCAUCUUGAUGCUUUUCAUGAUUUUACACUGGGUUGGGACCCUAGACUGACCCCUGACUGAGUGUUUUAUCUUAGAUUAUCAUGGAGGUGAUUUCUCCUAACCUGUAGAAGCUUGUUCCCUAGAACUUGAUACUGUUAGGACAGCCGGAAAAACAGGAAGCUCUUUGAGUGUAGGCGCACCAAGGUGGGUUUUAGGCAUGGUUAAGUCUAUAGUCAUUUUUAAUCUUGCAUGCUAAAAUCCUUGUGUGCAAUAUUGUUUAUUUACUCAUAGAGUUGUAGUCUAACUUUUUUAUGUACAGUGCACUUUUGAUUUACUAUUGAUAUUCUUGAUGGACUAUGUUUGCUCCUUUCAUAAACAAAUGCAUUUGCUGGUCUUCUGAUGAUGUGCUUAAGGGAAGGAGCCGGCAUUUGUCCGCAGACAGCUUUCUGGGUCAUGUGGCCAGCAGGACUAAACUGCUUCUGGCGCAACAGAACACUGUGACUGAAACCAGAGCGCAUGGAAAUGCUGUUUACUUUCCUGUCACAGCAGUACCUAUUUAUCUACUUGCAUUGGUGUGCUUUCGAAUUGGUGUGCUAGGGUGGCAGGAGCUGGGACAGAGCAAUGGGAGCUCACUCCGUCGCAGGGAUUUGAACCACCAACCUUCUGGUCGGCAAGCCCAAGAGACUCAGUGGCUUCGACCACAGCAUCACCCGAGGUAAACAGUUCUCAGCCAGACAUAUCAAUGGGGGUGACCCACUGGAAGGCAACUUCCAGUGUGCGGAAUUUCUAGGGAUAACAAAUCCAUUUUGCCAGAUUGUCACUUACCCUCCAUUGUACAGUCACACAUGGUGGUCAUAUGCUAAGUGGGAGGUCAGUCUAACAGGGCCAUCCAUAUCCUACACCAGGAAGGGAAUUCUGUAUACUGGAGGUGGGGGAAACGAUUCCCCAAGUUGCCCAACAGUUCAAAUACAUCCUCAAGCAUUGUAUAAAGCCCUGCAUGGCAGAGGGACCAGAUUUAUCAAAGGAUCAUCUGCACCCACAUAGUCUUGCCUGCAACUUGCAAUCCAGCUCCCAGGGACUGUUUCAGGAUCUAUCAAUAAACACGACUGGACAGGUAAAUGGACACAACUGUGAUUUUUCCAUAGCGGCUUCACAACGAUGGAAUGCAAUUGUUCAUAUGAGGCUGGCCCUGCCUUUCGCAUAUAUAAAUCUCUUUCAAAAGUGUUUAAUCCGUUGUUUUCUUCAAAAGAUUUUUUUUGGAGCCUAUGAAUGGGAGCAGGUAACUCACACAAGGCUUUGCUCCAUAGCAACUAUUACAGGUUAGAUUGAAAAAAUUAACCAGAAGACGUCCCAUAGAAAGGGUUCAAAAUGAUAUAUAACAGGGGUCAGCAAACUUUUUCAGCAGGGGGCCCGUCCCCUGUCCCUCAGACCUUGUGGGGGGCCGGACUAUAUUCUGGAAAAAAAUAUUAACGAAUUCCUAUGCCCCACAAAUAACCCAGAGGUGCAUUUUAAAUAAAAGGACACAUUUUACUCAUGUAAAAACACCAGACAAGCCCCACAAAUAACCCAGAGAUGCAUUUUAAAUAAAAGGACACAUUCUACUCAUGUAAAAACAUGCUGAUUCCUGGACCGUCCGCGGGCCAGAUUUAGAAAGCAAUUGGGCCGCAUCCGGCCCCCGGGCCUUAGUUUGGGGAUCCCUGCAGUAGUCCAAGCGGGAAGGCCUGAUCUGUAUCAGGAUUUGCCAGAAUCUCUUAAGGGGCUCCCAAUCCAUUGUAGGAAGUAUGAGAAAAAGUGAUACUUUCAGACAAAGGUUUUCUCCUCUCUCUUCCGCACAUUGCAGGGCGGAGGAAGGAGGGAAAGGAAGCAGAAUGGAAAUAAUGAAGCCAGCAGGGAAAGGUUUCGGAAAGCUCAAUCUAGCUGCAGUUUCAAAGAGGGAAGGAGGGGGGCACAAAGGCUUUUGCCCGCAUUUGAGAGUCUCUUCCCCCCCCCCCCGGCCCCCACCUUUCAGCAGGGAGAAGGUCCAGGGUGCUUUAACUGAUUUUUUUUUAGCUGAGAUUCUUGCACUGCAGGGGGUUCCAACUCUACAAUGCUACGAAAUCCAAAAGCUGUCUCGCCCUCCAGCUCUGGAGCAUGAAGCAGCAUGUAGCCAGUGGGGCCCCCUCCCCAGAAAAUGUGCAUCCUUUCCCCCUGCCCAAGCUGCAGGUCUUUUUUCAUCCUCUCUUC